CAGUAGCUUUGUGCUUGUGUUGUCUCUCCGGUCUCAAUUCUCUCUCAACUCUUUCCAUAGUCUUACUCUCCAUCUAUGACUCUCUGAGAGUCAAUUUCUUUCCAUUUUUAUGUAUAAAUACAUUUGCCUAAUUAAAUCUUUCUUCCUUCUUUUAAGAAUUCCUAUUUUCUAUACAUUAUUAAAACCCUCUACAAUUCCAAAACCCUUCUAAUCCGUUGCUCUUUACCCAACCUCUUUAUCUCAAUCUCUAUCUCUCCUUUCCUCUUACAUUCUCUUGCGGAUAUGGAGCACCAAGGCAACAGAUUCCCAUCGAGAACGAUCCCAUUUCAAGCUUCUGUUUCCCAUUCAAGAAACGCCUUUUUCCGCCACCUUAAUGAACGAACUCAAACUUCCCCACAAAACCCUUUUCAAGAUAACAUUGAAUCUUUGUUUUCUCGGCUCACUCUCUCUCGUCACAAUGGCCAACCUUCGUAUCCGGCUUCAUAUGGUGAUAUCUUUGCGGGUUCAGUUCUUGAUCGUCCGUUUGUGGGAGGCCAGCCGUUUUCGGUUCUAGACAUGGGCCAAAAUCUACGGAGGAAUGGUGUGAACGCUAUGGGGUUUCAAGAUUGUGUAAGUUAUCCAGAUACGCCUGGCUCUAAUGUUGAUUUCUCGGAUGGUUUUAUAUCUGACGUUAAUGGAUCCUCGGCUGAUUCAAGAGGAUUUUCAAACGGUUCACUGAAUGGCUUACUGUCAAAAACCCAGAAUUCUUUUAGGUCUAGUUUGUAUAAUAGGAGGCCUCAUUGGCUGCAAGAAACUUCCAACUACUUGCCUUUGGAGUAUUUGAGGGGUAGCAUUGUGAGAUUGGCAAAGGAUCAAAAUGGUUGUAGAUUAUUACAAAGCACCCUUGACAGUGUAACACAGGAAGGAAUUGAGAUGGUAUUUUUGGAGGUGAUAGACUGUGUAGGUGAGUUGAUGCUAGACCCAUUUGGGAAUUAUGUUGUACAAAAGCUUGCGGAUGUCUGUAGUGAGGAACAGAGGACUCGGAUUCUGCUAACGGUGACUAAAAGUGAAUUUCAACUUGUUAGGAUUUGUCUUAACAUGCAUGGAACUCGCGCUGUACAGAAGCUGUUGGAACGUAUUACCUCCAAACAGCAAGUCUCUGUAGUUAUGUCAGCUCUAGGCCCCGGUGCAGUUGCAUUGGCGAAGGACAUGAAUGGCCAUCAUGUAAUCAAGCAUUGCUUGGAGCAUUUCUCUGAUGAAGACAAUAAGUAUCUUCUGAAUGUGGUGGCAGAGAACUGCUUUGAAAUUGCAACAGACAAAAGUGGAUGUUGUGUACUUCAACAAUGUGUUGAAUUCUCUAAAGGAGAAGCUAGAGAACGUCUGGUGGCCGAGAUAACAGCAAAUGCAUUACAUUUGGCUGAAGAUGGAUAUGGAAAUUAUGUAGUACAGCAUUUACUUGGAUUGAGGGUCCCACAAAUCACAGCAAAUCUUCUCAGACAACUUGAAGGGAGUUACACUGCUCUUGCGUGCAACAAGUAUGGCAGCAAUGUUGUGGAAAAGUGCUUGUUUGAGUCAAGAGAGGAGCAAUCUACCCAAAUUAUUUGGGAGUUGCUCAGGAGUUCAAAUGCUUCUAUGCUCCUUGUGGAUUCUUUUGGAAACUAUGUCAUCCAGUCUGCAUUAUCAGUAUCUAAGGGACCACUACGGAGAACUUUGCUAGAACUGAUUCGAGUAAACAUUCCAAGAAUGCGCAGCAACAUUUAUGGAAAAAAGGUGCUUUCUUGGCUGUACAGGGAGAAGCUGGUAUAUUUUUAGACAUGUACAUUUUUGAGGAAGUACUUUAAUCAGAAUAAUUCUACAUUUUUAAGUGCUGGGAGUAUGAUUUUGUUGCUUUCAAUUAGCUGUUGGUGAGUUUGGUUCAUAUUGUCCUUGUAUGCUUCAGCAUAGAUUUUUAACUUGUAAUUUUGAGAUGUGGAAGGAUGUAGGAUUGGAACAAGGGGAUUAGAGAGGUGAUGGAAAAUCUGCUUCUCAUUAGGAACUAACUUGAAUUUUGUGUAUGCUUUGCUAUAGGGAAUAGAAAGGGAUGAUAAAUUGAUUUUUAACUGUA